AUGGCAACUAUGCAAGGAGGCUGCAUCGAGGCAGAUUCACGGGCUCCAGAUGCUGACUGCUGUGGGAGUACAGCGACCGUGCCUCUGGUUACUGAUGACGACCAGGUCUUUGUUGGCAAUGUUGGCGAUGCUUAUGGUUACGUAAUGGAUAUCAGCCAGGAGCAUGACUGCAAGUGUCCUGGGGAGCUAUCGUCAAGGCGGGUGGCGAGACGCAUAACUGUGGCUGGCAAAGAAGACGAUGCAGAUUCGCUCAUGGUGACCCGCAGCAUUGGAGAUUGGUCGUUCAAGAGCAAUCUGCAGCUGAGUCGAGAAGAACAAGCUGUGAGUGCUGUUCCGGACAUUGUCAACUUUGAAAUCUCCAAAGGCUGCGACUUCCUCCUUAAUCUUGUUUCUGAUGGAGUGGAUAAAAACAGCAUAGACAAUUAG